AUGGUGGAGAAGCGGUGCCCGCUGCAGAGGGACGGCGUGUACCGCUGGUUCUCGGAGCUGCCCUCCCCGCAGCGGGUGGAGUUCCUGUGCGGCCUCCUGGACCUGUGCAUCCCGCUCGAGCUCCGCUUCCUGGGCUCGUGCCUCGAGGACCUGGCCCGCAAAGACUAUCACUCGCUGCGGGACUCGGAGAUCAAGGCCAACAACCCGGCCGACCUAGGCAGCUUGACCAAUCUGACAGACGAGGUGGUGCGCAGCAAGCUGCUGGUGUCGCUGGCGCUGUUGGGCUCGGAGCAACGCGAGGCGGCCGGGGUGCUGUACCGCACGCUCACGCACAUCGACUCCAUCAUCCACAACUACGGGCUACAGCUCAACGAGGGCCGCACGGGCGAUGAGUUCCUGCUGCUCUUCACCAUGGCCUCCAACCACCCGGCCUUCAGCUUCCACCAGAAGCAGGUGCUGCGCCAGGAGCUCACGCAGAUCCAGAGCAGCCUCAGCGGCGGCCCCGGCGGCAACAGCAGCGGCAAGAGCUCCCCGGGCCACGGCAGCCCCCUGCCCACCUGUCCGGCCUGUCACAAGGUCACCCCAAGAGCAGAGACCCCGAUAAAUAGUGUUGGUAACAGUUUGGAAAAUGCACUACAUACAUCAGCACAUUCCAUUGAGGAGUCUUUACCCAAGAGGCCUUCAGGGAAACACUCCAAAGUGAGUGUUGAAAAGAUAGAACUGAAGGGAUUAUCACAUAAGAAAAAUGAAAGAAAUGUUGAAUGUUCCUUUGAGGUCUUGUGGUCUGAUUCUUCAAUAACAUCACUAACCAAAUCUUCCAAUGAAGUGACUGAAUUUAUUUCAAAGUUAUCUCAACUAUACCCUGAAGAAAAUUUGGAGAAAUUCAUUCCUUGCCUAUCUGGUCCAGAUUCAUUUUACCUGGAGAGAAACCACAUGGACCUGGAAUCGGACCUUAGGUAUUUGGCCUCAUUACCUUCUCACAUAUUGAAAAAUGACCAUGUUAAGAAAUUUUUUAGCACUUCAACUCCUACCCAACAGCUUCAAAGUCCAAGUCCUGGCACCCCCUCCCUUUCCAAAGUAGGCACUAUGAUGGGAGCUUCUGGAAGACCUGUAUGUGGAGUAGCUGGCAUUCAGUCUUCUCAGAACAAUACUCAGCAUCACAUACAACACUCUGCCAGUGCAGCUGUAGCACUACCCCACUGCUCUCAUCCAGGGAGUACUGGCUCAUCGUUGACAUACCGCACCCAGAUGGACACCUCUUCCCCCAUAUUAAUGUCUUCCAGUCUUCAAACCCCUCAGACCCAGGAACAAAAUGGGAUUUUAGACUGGCUCAGGAAAUUGCGUUUGCACAAAUAUUAUCCUGUUUUCAAACAACUCACAAUGGAGAAGUUUUUGAGCCUGACUGAGGAAGAUCUGAAUAAAUUUGAAUCCCUGACAAUGGGCGCAAAGAAGAAGCUCAAAACUCAGCUGGAGCUAGAAAAGGAAAAAUCAGAAAAAAGGUGCCUGAAUCCCUCCACACCAUCUUCAGUUCCCAAUAGUGGUGUAGCCAGAGUUCCCCCUACUAGCCAUGUAGGACCUAUACAAACCAUUCGUGGAAACCAUGCUGCAGAGCUACGAGUGGAUGUGGAACAACCAGCUCAUCAGAUGCCCCGAGAAGGUAGCUCUUCAGAGUAUUCUAGUUCUUCUUCUAGCCCAAUGGGGAUCCAGGCUCGGGAAGAGAGCUCUGACAGUGCUGAGGAAAAUGAGAGACGUUUAGAAAUUCACUUGGAGGGUUCAGAUAAGGAGAAGCCAGUAAUGUUACUGAAUCAUUUCACUUCAAGUUCAGCCAGACCCACAGCUCAGGUUCUACCAGUGCAGAAUGAUGCAGGCUCAAACCCAUCCGGCCACCAUCCCCUGCCAGCACAAAUGAUGACUGCGGCUGCCUCUCACAUAGCCCCUAUUCGAAUGCUAAAUUCAGUACACAAAUCAGAACGAGGAAACACAGACAUGAAGCUUCUUUCAUCUUCUAUGCACUCACUUUUGUCUCUAGAAGAAAGGAAUAAAGUUGCGUCUGGACCAAGAGGCAGCAUUAAAGUAGAAAAGAGCUUUGGAAAUGCAAUGAUGGAAGUCUUACCUGCAUCCUCUCCCCAUCAGCCCAUGCAAGUCCUUUCUGGGAUUCCUGAAAGCAGUUCAGUUUCACCCACAGUUUCUUUUGGUCCAAGGACCAAAGUUGUCCACGCUUCCACUCUGGACAGAGUAAUCAAAACAGCCCAGCAGCCAGCGUUAGUUGUGGAAACGAGCACUGCUGCUACCGUCACGUCUAGCACAGUCUUCCACGUGGCUCGCCCUCCAAUCAAACUUCUGGUCUCUUCGUCUGUUCCUACUGAUUCUGCAAUUUCUGGACAAACAUCCUGCUCAAAUAAUGUGCAGAUAAGCGUGCCCCCGGCAAUAAUAAACCCCAGGACUGCCCUGUACACAGCCAACACCAAAGUGGCCUUUUCUGCAAUGAGCAGCAUGCCCGUGGCCCCAAUGCAAGGCAGCUUUUGUGCUAAUGGCAACACUGCCUCUUCCAGCAGCCACCCAUCGACAUCCUUUUCGAACAUGGCAAAUUUGACCAGCUGCCCUGCCCCCAGUUCUAGCCCCACCCUUUCAUCUGUAACAGAAAACAAUUUCUAUAGCAGCAGCAGCAGCAGCAGCAACAGCAGUAGUGGCUCCACAGGAACCAUCCCUGUCCCAAAUCAAAACCAUCACCACCACCAUCACCAUCAGCAGCAGCAGCCUCAGCAGCAACAGCCUCCGGGAUGCAUAGUUUGCACUUCGUGUGGAUGUAGUGGAAAUUGUGGUUCAAGUGGUAUGACUGUCAGUUAUGCUAACUAUUUCCAGCACCCAUUUUCAGGACCUUCAAUGUUUACUUUCCCAUUUCUGCCCUUCAACCCAAUAUGCAGCAAUGGCUACAUCAACACUCAGCAGUACAGCAGCGGCACGACUUUUCCAGUAGUUCAUUCUCCUUAUAAUAGUAACUUAACCCCAGACUCUGUAUUGAGUGGUCAGUCCACAUUUGCAGUUCCUCCAAUGCAGAACUUUAUGGCAGGGACAGCAGGGGUAUACCAAGCCCAAGGAAUGAUGGGAAAUAACAGUUCCAGCCACAAAAAAAGUGGAAAUCUUUCUUGCUAUAACUGUGGGGCCACCGGUCACCGGGCUCAGGACUGCAAGCAGCCACCAAUGGAUUUCAAUCGUCAAGGUACUUUUAGGUUGAAAUAUGCCCCUCCAGCAGAAAGUCUGGACUCCACAGAUUGAUAUUUUUCUCUGGCAACAGAACACUAUUAAGCCAUGGAGACAUAAGGAAAAUUAAAUACAAAACUGAGAAGUCUAGUUGCUGUUGAGCUUAAUAUUUUUAAUCCAAAGGUGCUUUACUUUACUAGACUGGAUAGAAAAAAAAAUCUAGCUUAGGGGUGCAUCAUACCCAAUUUUAUUGAUUGCCAAAAUCCUAGUUUGGAGCUUGAUGUCAGGACUUGCCUAGUGGGUAUCACAGAUGGUUGGUGAAGUUUGCCACCUACAUUCUUUGUUGCAAUGCAAAAAAAAAAAAAAAAAAAAAAAGUCACAUUUACUGAAGAGCAUUGCCGUAAUUGGUCCUUCUAGGCUGAAACAUAAUUCCAGGGCAGCUACGUGUGAUCUGAAUUGAGAGCCGGAGGUUGAAGUUUUCAAAGUGGAGUUUCGCCAGUCGGACUCUGACACCCCUGGGCUAGGUAAAAUGUCUACUUUUUUUUUUCCUAAAGUGGUCAGGCACUAAUCUCUGGGAUUUUUAAGGAUUGCACUACAGAAGAAUGUAAAAUGAUUUAAAAUCUCUGCAGUUCUGGUAGACAAUGUUAACGCGUUUUCUGAGACCAGUGCAAGAGACAGACGACCCACACUUAAAGAAUUGGCACCAGCAGGCUAACAUGGCCGACUACACAAAUAAAGCAAUCUUAUUUUCUCCUUUCCCUCUGUAAAACAUGUGUGGCAGUUUCAGUCCUUUUUCUGUUUAUAAAUGUACACUGUCAACACUUAUUAGGUAGAAACCGCUGACCAGCAGCAAAAUGAACUUAAUUUCUAAGGGUCCAAGUCCCAGAGACGUCGGGGUCAUAAUGGCUCUAGAACACCUAUUUUUUUCCUAACACAUUAAACAGCAUUGAGUCCUGUUCCUAUUAGACGUGGACAACAUCUUUCAGAGACAUAUUAACUACACUACUUUUGUAAAUGAGUUUGAAACCAACCUGAUGCUGAAAACUGUUAGCAGACUUUGCAAGCCGUUAUUUUAUGUAAUGCUGACUUCUACCCCAAGGCUUACUGCUAAAGGAUUCAGAGGUGUUGAGACAGAUAUUUCAACAAUAAUACAAUUUCAUAAUUAAUGAGCAAAGAGACUUUUAAAGUUUUCCUGUCAACCUCUUUUGUUACUUUAAACUAGUUAAUUCUGUUUGCUACCUAGAACUUGUCAUUUGAGAAUUGAUAAGACUUGGAAGGAGGCCCCACAAAAUGCACAUAAUUUUGUCAAGGUGGAGAAAUACUAUAUUCACCAUGGAUUCCUAAAUUUUUGUCAUUGGAAUGGUAACACUUGGUUUGAAAGCCAGGGAUUAGAGAACAAAGCUAAUUUUCUGCUAAAAUAUGACUUAAAUGCUUAAAAACCUCUACCACCAAAAUGUACUGAGAAGGCAAAGCAAUGUCAUCCAGGGGUUUUCCAUCAAGUAUUUGUGAAAAUUUUUAAAUGUUCGGCCCAUUCUGAAAUUGGGAUUUCAGCCUCAGGCCAAAAGCAGAACAACACAGAAGUGGUUCCAAUGUAGAGGCAUUGUAAUAGGAAAUGGCAGUGAUACUACACUUGUUUCAAAUUUUUGGAGGUCAGUUUCCCAGCUUCAUGGAAACCAAAGCAAAAAGGUUAUUUGAAUCUGUGAAAAAUAGUACAUAUGAGAUUUUAUUAAUUUCUUAUUUCUAUGCAAUGUAGAAGCUACAGACCUCUGUAUUUUCAGCUCUUUUUAUGAUACACAGUAUUACAGUAUUGAAUUGAAGUAAUUGUGAGGUUUGCUAAUGAUUUUGAGGAUGUUUCAUUGGAUCUCUUGGGAAAAUUUAAAACUUAAAAACCAUUCAAGUGAUGAGAACUGACACAAUGCAACUUUGCCUUAAAGAGUUUUAGACAGUAGGAACAACUUUGUCAUGCUAUAUAUGUACUAUGUUAAAGGAAGACAUAAGAGUUUUCAAUGAUGUUUACGAUUUUAAUAUUUUUGAGGGCCUUUUACAAGUGGCCUGGAUGUGUGCUGGAAGCCAAACUUUUAUCGUUUUUGUUUUUUAAAACAUACUUUAAAUUUAAAUUGUAUUUAAGUAAACCCUAUUUUCAACAGUGUCAUUGUUGAAAACUGUCUCAAAUAGCAAAAAAAAAAUGUUCAUUUAUGUAAAUUGUAUUUUGUUUUAGUGGACAAUAUUGGGGAGUUAAGUGUCUGUUACCCUUCUGACUUGUUUGGUACAUAUUAAUCAAUAUAUUUAAGUAUAAUUCAAUUCUUUAAAAAUUAAAACAAAAACUAUUUGAUUUGAAAUUAUAAAAUUCAGAAGUUGAGCAGCUCAUAUUGUUCAGUUUUCCAAACUGGUUCAAUAGCCAAGUUAAAAUCUUGUGUUUGAAAAUGGGUUUUUAUGGUAUAUUGUGUCAGAUGAGGACAUUUAUAUAUGUUCAAGAAAAUUUCAGGAGUAAACAGAAAGAACUCUUAAUGCAGAAAUGAUUGAAAUGCCAGUAUUUGAGAGCUUUCCCAAAGCAAAUUACCAAGUUUUAUGGCUUCAGAGUAUUGGCCAGCAGUAUUACGAUUGAAUUUCUAUCAAGAAGCCAAAAAUAGAGAAGUCCAUACAGCAUUUUUGCAUCUCAUCAAGAGUCCUUAGUUACUUUAGACAUAGAUCAUCUUUAACCCUUUCAAGUUCUUAGUAUCUUGCUUUAAAUUGUGGUCUCGAUCUCAGAGUGGCUGAAACAACCAGGUAGGUAGUGGUAAUGCCCACUUCUUUGUGUAUGUCUGUCAUGUAUUAAAGAAGCUUCAAGCACCACUACCCCACUCCACCCUACCCUGAUCCUUUUCUGCUUCAAGAAGCAAGGGGGAGGGGGUAGUGGAAUGUACAGGUUGAAGUAGAAUACAGUGUGGGAUAAAACAACUAUUUAAAUACUUUUUUUUAAGGAAGAACAGUUAACUACCUUAUGUUCUAUUGUAGUAUAGAAACCUGGAAAGUGUUAAACUUUCUAGUUAUUGAGGAGUACUAAGUACAUGGGAGCUAGCACUUCUUCAAAUUCUAUAAAAGGCAAAAACAAAAAAAAAAAACAAAAAAAAAAUAAAAAUAAAAAAACCUUGAUUAGAAAUAUUGGGAAUAAAACCAGCAUUGUCUAUAACCUACAAAAGAUUUUAGGAGUCAGUUUGUUAAUAGAAGGCAAUAGGUUCAGUAUUUUUUAUUAAAUAUUUAGAACUUUAGAUCCUUUAUUGCAAGAGGUCAACAUGGUUCAUUUACACUACAAAUUAUAUGUAUUGAGGCACAGUAGUAGUAACUUUACCAAAAUAUCACAGCUAUA